AUGACCAACUAUCAAGUCCAAGGCUGCACCGUUCUGGAUGCCGCCGGGCUGGCCCAGAACAACAUGUCAGCCUUUUGGACAGACCCGACCUGGAUCCUCGUAUGGGAAAAGGAUAGAACGCUCGAGAGCAUAAUACAAGCAUGCGCGAGGCGAAUGCCAAACAAUCUCCUCAGUGAUCGAGCCCACAAGCGACACAUCAAGGCGAUUGACGCCGAGACCGGUACCGUGGUGGGAUAUGCCCGCUUUCUCCUACCUGACGGGCUGGCUGGAGGCUGGCUCGAGGCUCAAACCCCAGAUGUAUCCGAGACAGACAAGAAAAGGUUUGAUGAGCUGUUUGCGAGUGCUGAUUGGACCUUUCGGCGGGGAACGGGCAACAUAGACGAGCCAGUGCACCCCAUCAUGCAAAAGUACAUGAGUCGCAAGGAAUAUAUGGAACUCGAGUAUCUCGCCGUCCAACCCGCUUAUCGUAACCGCGGAAUCGCUACCCUGCUAAUGCAAGCUGGCAUUGCCGAGUCGGAGAGAAUGGGCAUUGAUAUUUUUAUGCUCGCCUACAAAGCCGGGCUUGGCGUGUAUAAGAGGCUUGGCUUUGAGACGUUGGAAACAUUGAUCUUGGAUGACUCUGCAUAUGGGGGCCAAGGGGAAUACGGCUGCUACUUUAUGGAGAGAACAGUCAAGAGGCAGUAG